GACCCGCCGUCCCCAGGCGCAUCCUCAAGUGCCACCCGCCCUUCCCGCCCGUCAUCGGCCCCGUGGCCCGCGACCUGCUCCAGAAGCUGCUCUGCAAGGACCCCAAGAAGCGCCUCGGCUCGGGGCCCAACGGCGCCCGCGACAUCAAGGAGCACCCCUUCUUCAAGGGCCUGGACUGGGAGGCACUGGCAGCCCGUCGCGUCAAGGCGCCCUUCGAGCCGGUGCUGCGCGGCGACCUCGACGUCGGCAACUUCUCCGAGGAGUUCACGCGCCUCGAGGCCGCCUACUCGCCCGCCGCCACCCCCCCCAGCACCGACCGCAUCUUCCAGGGCUACUCCUUCAUCGCCCCGUCCAUCCUCUUCACCCACAACGCGGUGACGGCCGGCGCCUUGGGCCAGGGCCCCAGCGGGGAGCGGCCCGACUCCUCCGCCGUGGCCCACAGCGCCAUGCUGCAGGACUCCCCCUUUUUCCAGCUGUACGAGCUGGACCUCAGCGAGGCGGUGCUGGGCGAGGGCAGCUUCUCCGUGUGCCGCCGCUGCCGCCAGCGCCAGAGCGGCCGCGACUUCGCCGUCAAGAUCCUCAGCAAGAGGCUGGAGGCGAGCACCCAGCGGGAGGUGAUGGCCCUGCAGCUCUGCGAGUCCCACCCCAACAUCGUCAAGCUGCACGAGGUGCACCACGACCAGUACCACACGUACCUGGUGCUGGAGCUGCUGCGGGGCGGCGAGCUGCUGGAGCGCAUCCGGCGCAAGCGGCACUUUGGGGAGGCCGAGGCCGCGCACAUCAUGGGCAGCCUCGUCUCCGCCGUCGCCUUCAUGCACGAGGCCGGCGUGGUGCACCGCGACCUCAAGCCCGAGAACAUCCUCUUCGCCGACGAGUCGGAGGCGUCGCCCGUCAAGGUGAUCGACUUCGGCUUCGCCCGGCUGCGCCCGCCGCCCUCGCAGCCCAUGCGGACGCCCUGCUGCUCCCUGCCCUACGCCGCCCCGGAGCUGCUGGGUGCCGCCGGCUACGACGAGGCCUGCGACCUCUGGAGCCUCGGCGUCGUCCUGUACACGAUGCUGUCGGGGCGGGUGCCCUUCCAGGGCGAGGGCGAGGGCGCGGGGGGGGGCAGCACCCUGGCCCCCGCCGCCGCCAUCGUCACCCGCAUCCGCGAGGGCCGCUUCUCCCUGGAGGGCGACGCCUGGAGCGGCGUCUCCGCCGAGGCCAAGGAGCUCGUGCGAGGGCUGCUGACGGUGGAGCCCUCGAAGCGGCUGAAGCUGGGCUCGCUGCGCGCCAGCCCCUGGCUGCGGGGGGGGGGCCCCCGCCCCUCGGCCCCCCUGCGCACCCCCGGGGUGCUGGGUGCCGCCGGGCCCGCCCUGCGCACCGGCGUCCACGCCACCCUCCAGGCCUUCAGCCAGGGCUCGCGGGCCGGCGUCUUCCUCAAGAGCGUCGACAACGCGCCCCUGGCCAAGCGCCGGCGGCAGAAGCUCAGCGAGGGGGUGCCGGGGGGGGCCCCCCCGAAGCGGGGCCCCCGCCCCAAGGGGCCCCCCCGCUGCCCCCAGCCCCCCUCCUAGCGCCCGGCCCGCCGGGGGGGGCCGCGAGGGGCCGCCCGGACGUCUGGGGGGGCCCCGAGGACCCUGGGGGACCCCUGCAGGGUCUCAGCUGGCUUUUGGGGGACCCCCCUGGCUUUUGGGGGACCCUCUGGCUUUUGGGGACCCUCCUGGCUUUUGGGGGACCCCUGCAAGGUCUCACCUAGCUUUUGGGGGACCCCCCUGGCUUUUGGGGACCCUCCUGGCUUUUGGGGGACCCCAUCAAGGUCUCACCUAGCUUUUGGGGGACCCUCGUGGCUUUUGGGGACCCCCCGGCUUUUGGGGACCCCAUCAAGGUCUCACCUGGCUUUUGGGGGACCCCCCUGGCUUUUGGGGACCCUCCUGGCUUUUGGGGGACCCCAUCAAGGUCUCACCUAGCUUUUGGGGGACCCCCCUGGCUUUUGGGGACCCUCCUGGCUUUUGGGGACCCCUGCAAGGUCUCAGCUAGCUUUUGGGGGACCCCCCUGGCUUUUGGGGACCCUCCUGGCUUUUGGGCACCCCAUCAAGGUCUCAGCUGGCUUUUGGGGGACCCCCCUGGCUUUUGGGGACCCCUGCAAGGUCUCACCUGGCUUUUGGGGGACCCUCGUGGCUUUUGGGGGACCUUGGAGUCAAGGUCCUGACUGGCUUUUGGGGACCCCCCCGAGGCUUUUGGGGGACCCCUGAGACUUUUGGGGUCCCCUCAGGCUUUGGGGGGGACCCCAGCAGGCUCCCCCCAAGUCCCCCCUUGCUUUUGGGGGCCCCCCAAAAUGUGGGGGGUGCCCCCAGCUUUCCAGUGACCCAGCUCUUGGGGGUCCCCCCCAAAUUACAGGGGACCCCCAAAAUCUCGUUUCGGGGGGGGCAGAGCCAGCCGAGGGGGGGGGUGCGAAUCGGGGGGUGCCUAUGAGAUUUGGGGGGGCCCCGUAGCCAGGCUGCCGAAUUUGGGGGGCCCCCCCCGGACCCCCCCCAAUUUUUUAAUCCCUUUUUUAUGUGUUUUUAAACUCAAAAGAUUUUGGGGGGGGCCCCCAAAUUUGGGGGGGGGAAGGACUAAGAGGGGGGGUGCAGGCAGAUUUGGGGGGGCCCCGCGCUGGGGCCGACUGUCACUUUAAGGGGGGUCAGUGCAAUGGGGAGGCACCCCGAUAUUUUGGGGGGAGCCCUCGGUUUUGGGGGGGGGCCGGAGGGGGCCCCCCCGUUUUUGUAUCGGAGAAUAAACAUGAUGCCGCCA